GAAGUUUAACAUUCCUCACGGGGAAGCGAAAGUUGUGUGUGUAAUCCCGAAGACUGAGUGACCAGACAGCGUGAUCAAUUUCUGUCGGAGAAGAUAUUUUCUAGCUUAGAGUCCCGUUGAAAGUGAUUUUUGUCUAGUUUAGACAGUAUUUCACAAUGGCAGAGGAGGAAACUGAUGUGUCUUUUAAAGAAUUGGGUGUAGUAGAUGUUCUUGCUGAAGCUUGCGAAAGACUGAAAUGGAAAACGCCAUCAAAAAUUCAGAAAGAAGCCAUACCUCUGGCUUUAGAAGGCAAAGAUGUGAUCGGGCUGGCGGAGACAGGCUCUGGAAAGACAGGUGCUUUUGCCCUCCCCAUCCUGCAAGCAUUGCUGGAGAAGCCACAGAGAUUGUUUGCAUUGGUCCUGACUCCCACCAGAGAACUCGCCUACCAGAUCUCAGAGCAGUUCACUGCCCUUGGCUCUUCCAUAGGGAUCAAAUGUGCUGUGAUUGUUGGUGGCAUUGAUAUGUACGACCAGGCGCUGAUGUUGGCGAAGAAACCACAUAUUUUAAUAGCCACGCCGGGCAGACUUGUGGACCACCUGGAGAACACCAAAGGUUUUGGCCUCAGGUCUUUGAAGUUCCUGGUUAUGGAUGAAGCCGACAGAAUCCUCAACAUGGACUUUGAACAAGAGGUGGAUAAGAUCUUGAAGGUCAUUCCAAAAGAUAGACGGACAUUUUUGUUCUCAGCCACUAUGACCAAGAAGGUUCAGAAGCUCCAGCGGGCGUGUCUGCGGGAGCCCACCAAGGUGGAGGUCAACAACAAGUACAAAACGGUGGACAACCUGGUGCAGAGCUAUCUCUUCAUCCCCGUCAAGUUUAAGGACGUAUACCUGGUUCACAUCCUGAAUGAGUUGUCGGGGAAUUCCUUCAUCAUUUUCUCCAGCACUUGCAACAACACACAGCGUCUGGCCCUGAUGGUGCGCAACUUGGGCUUCAACGCCAUCCCGCUUCACGGGCAGAUGUCACAGGAAAAACGUCUUGGUGCUUUGAACAAGUUCAAGAGCAAAAACAGCGCCAUCUUGAUCGCCACAGAUGUUGCCAGCAGAGGUCUGGAUAUCCCUCAUGUGGACGUGGUCAUCAACUUUGACAUCCCAACCCACACCAAGGACUACAUCCACCGAGUGGGGCGCACAGCUCGGGCCGGCCGCUCGGGGAAAGCCAUCACGUUUGUCACACAGUACGAGGUGGAGCUGUACAAGAGGAUUGAGGAGCUGUUGGGCCGUCAGUUGCCGCUCUACACCACGGAGGAGGCUGAGGUCAUGCAGCUGGUGGAGCGAGUCAGCGAGGCUCAGAGGUUCACACGCAUCGAGAUGAAAGAUGCAGAAGACAGGAAGAUGGCAGCAAGGAAGAAGAAGCGAGGACAGGAUGAAGAUGACACGGAGGAGGCAAGCGGAGUGAGGAAAAAGUUCAAGAAAAAAAGAACGAACUGAAGAUGUUUAUCUGUACUGUAUAGAGAUUUUCAAUUUAUGAGAAAAGAGUAUUUAACAAAUGAUGGAAGAAGUCUAAGAAUGUUUUUAUUUGGUCUACUGAAGUGUAAAGAAACUUGAUGGAUUGUUUUGUAAUGAAAGUAGCAGUCUCGACCGGGUCACACACACCGUGACUCCAUUGUAACUGAUGUUAUCAGUUGUGGCAUUGGUCCAUUUCCUUGUUACUCAAAUCAUUUUGAGUUGGGAUUUACGUGUAUAAUAAUACUUUCCCUGACCAGAUCUUUACUUUCCAGACAAUAUGAAUGUAUAAUAAAGAGAUAUGUACAUAAUA